AUGGCCGAAACCGAGGAUUACUUGCAAAUUACUUCACCAGCCUUAACGGAUUCGCUGAUUGGUGUAUUUCAUGAUAUACGGCAAAAGGCAUUUGGUUUACAUGAAAAUUUUCAGAUUGACUAUUCGUCUGUCCUUCUCUCUGGCCCCUGUGACACACAGGAAAACUAUUCGUUGUCUUGUGUUGAACUAUUCGUUCGUCAUGGCCUUAUGUACUUUUUAGAGAAUGGCUGGAAGUCUUCAAAAGUUACAACAGAAUACUUUCAGCAAUCUGCAAAUCGUUAUCAAACAGAACAACAACUAGAACUUAUUGAAAAUAAGAAAGCUAUUGAGUUGGCAACAAUGGAACGUAUCAAGGUUACCCAAACUCGAAACCACGUGGAAUCGACGAUGGAGGUCCAUUGUCAAAUAACCGAAAAUAUUGUAGAAUUUAGUCAAAAACAAAAUAUGUUCAGUAAAAAUAUCACACUAGAAAGUGAAGAAAAACAAGAUGAUAACAGGAAACGUAGCGGUUAUGACUUGUAUGAGGAGAAAUCCAAAAGGGUAGAAAUUCAAAGUUUAUCAUUACCUCAAACAAAAAUUCGAAGAAGAAUACUUGAAAAUGAAACCCGAACACUAAAUAGUGGACGUAGAGUAGAAGAGGUUAUAUAUGAAUUUGCACGAAAGUUGGAAUUCGCUUAUUUACACUCAUUUAUAGUUAAUGAAAGCGAUGCGCACACAAAACCUCUUUUUUCUAAAGAGGAAUGGAAAGAAAUUAACACCUCAGAAGUUGAAGAUAGGUUAGAACUUGAAUAUUCUCUUAAGGAAUUAUUAAAAAAAUACACAGUUGAUGAUGUUGAAAAACUACGAGAAAUUCUUUUUUGA